GGAAAAUAAAGCACAAUUUUUUUGUUUUCUCAAAUUUUACAGAUAGAAAAUGAAUUCAAUCAUAUCACGACAAUCUCCCAACAUUUACCACACAAUUAUUAAAUGACCUGGGAUCUCUCUCUCUCUCUCUGAUACAACGAGUAAGGAAAGGAGAAUGUGAUAUUACAAAUUAAUGGAUUCGACCCACAGUUCUCUGAAUUGGAGUUCUUUGACAAUCUCAGAGACAAUCUGUGCUUCAUUUUUCCCCAUUAUUGCACUCAUGGAAGCUUUUAUCUGUGCUGUUUCUGGUUGCUUGGGAUGUUGCCACCCUCCUAACAAGAAGUUGGAUUACGACUACAAGGACCUUGCUCGACUUUCCGAUGAAUCUCGAUUUAAUAUAAAUGAGGUGGAAGCAUUAUACGAGUUGUUUAAGAAGUUGAGUUGUUCAAUUAUCGAUGAUGGUUUAAUACAUAAGGAAGAGCUUCAGCUAGCCUUAUUUCAAACUCCAUAUGGUGAGAAUCUCUUUUUGGACCGGGUUUUUGAUCUUUUUGAUGAAAAGCAAAAUGGAGUCAUUGAGUUUGAGGAAUUUAUCCAUGCACUUAAUAUCUUCCAUCCUUAUGCUCCAAUAGAAGACAAAAUAGACUGUAAGGAGUUUUCCUUUAGGUUGUAUGAUUUACGACAAACUGGGUUCAUUGAGCGAGAAGAAGUUAAGCAAAUGGUAAUUGCAAUUCUGUUGGAAUCUGAAAUGAGGCUAUCUGAUGAACUGGUCGAGGAAAUUAUUGAUAAGACAUUUGCUGAUGCUGAUGCUGAUGGGGAUGGUAAGAUUGAUAAGAAGGAGUGGAAGGAGUUCGUUCUUAGAUACCCGUCAUUGCUGAAGAACAUGACUCUGCCCUAUUUGAAGGACAUCACUACUGCAUUCCCAAGUUUUGUCUUCCACACACAGGUUGAAGACUUGGAGAAAACCCAUAGCUUGUGACAAGUUGUGUCCUAGACCAUAGCAUGGAGAUGAUUGGCGCUGGGAAUUUCGUUAAUCUGGCUAAACGGUUUGUGCCAUCACUAGAAAUGUCCCCCAUUAUAACAGGGGACAUGUUGGUCAUCAAGUUUAGCAGCCAGCAGCUUUUCUUCUACGCAAAAUGGCUUAAGCUGUCAUUGGCAUCUCAUUCAUUUUCACAAUCAAUCUUCAAAGUCUAUUGUAUUAGAUGGUGAUUUAAGAAGAUCGAUUGGUGAAUCAUCAAGUGUAUUUCUGUCCAUACCUAGGCAUCUAGUUACAAUUUGCCGUGUACUUAAAAAAAUUGACAUGUACAUACAUUUUGGCCAUGAAUUUGUGUAUCUAGUUGGUAUCAGUUUUCAAUCCAGUAGUUGAUGUCUUGUUUAGAUUGCUGAGUUGAAGUUUUAAUCCAAGGUUCAUCUGUUAAGGCCCAA